AUGAACCUCUUCAUGCCGGGCGGAGGCAUUUCCGAAACCCAUGUGACAUGGCAUGACAUUGAAGAGAGUAUGCAACAUGAGUUCCAAACAAAGGCCACUCUGGGACCAAACAGAACUGCUAAGGACAUCGGAGAUGGCAAGGGUUACAUGUCGAAAGUCUUUCUGAUUGAUGCCGAUUGGAAGAAUAAGGACAAGAAUUUGCCAGAUAAAUUUGUGCUUAAGUAUCGGUAUAAGGAUGAGGAGCGUUGGACCAAAAACUCAAUUACUGGGAUAUUUCAGGCUCACAACGCUGAAGUCGCCGCAUACAGACACCUGUCAAAGCUUCCUGAAGGGAAAAUACAAAUUCCAAAGGUGACUUGA